AUGCAUUCUUUACAAUACACAUUUCAUGAUCUUCGUUACAAAGUUGAAUACUAUAGAACCCGAUACAAACAGAGAUAUUAUAGCAAUGAUCGAAAUCCCAGAGUUAUACAAACGAAGCUAAAGAACCAACGGCUUCUCUCUCUAAGAACCCAACCUCACGAUAAAUACUUCAUAAAACCUGGCGAAUUCUUGGCCCUAGUCCCCAAAAAAUUGGACAGGAAUAUUAAUCAAAUCAUUGAAGUGGACACUUCAAGAUACUUAAAGGCACUGUUUUUGAAACAGAGAGAUUUGUUUAAGGGGUAUGAUGAUAAUGCAUUGACGGAAAAAUCGUACUCAGGGUUCCAUAUGGAACAAAACAAAUAUGGAAAUAUUCGCAGCUAUUCGGGUUCAGUAUAUUUGAAUACAUCAUUUACUGAUAUUCCAAACACUUUCAGACAUAAUACAAAUACAGCCAGUCAACGAUCUUCUCUGUUUUCCAUUUUGAGUCCUGCCCAGUCAAAUAGCUUUGAGGAAAUCGAAUCCAAUCGACAGCAUCAUUUGUGCACAUCUAGGAGUACAUCACCAUUAAUAGAUUUGAACUCUAUUACCUCGGAUAUAAAUGGAAUCCCAUUCGUCAAUCCAAACAGUCAUUAUCUAAAUAGAUCUGUUAUUUCUCCGUCUGAUGAUCUAUUCGACUUUGAAAAUGUGAAAAUUUCGCCAAUUGGCACUUCUGGAAUUCAAUCCUUCGGUUCAAAGAUGCAAAAUCUUAGUCUUAAACGUAAAACCUCCAUCAACAGCGAAAAACGUAGAACCAAAGUUCAACACUCUUGGAAACUCGUUCUUAAUGCUAUCUCAUUAUCUGCUGCAAAGGUGUCCGUUGGAUUAUCGCCAAAAACAUGUCACGACUUCGAAAAUUUGACACCUGAUUUCAUAAAUGCAAAAUCUGCAGAAAACAAGAUCAGUAUAGCAAACGGUAAGUACAGCAAAAGUGACAUAUUUAAUGGAAAAGAAUGUUCAAAGGAAUACAAAGGUACCAUAGAACAAAGCAGGUUCACUGAUGGAAAUAUCCAAAAGUACUCAACGAUUAACGAUUCAAUCGCUCAGACUCAUUAUUAUAAUGAAAGUGGUUUCUUGUCGAUGUACAAUUACAAUUCUGAUAAUGAAUCAUGA